AUGCUCUUCCUCUUCGGCUUCGGCAAACUCAUCUACAUAUCCGUCCUUCUCCUUAACGCAAUCGCCGUCCUCAGCGAAGAUCGCUUCCUAGCCCGCAUAGGCAUGGGACGCUCAGCAAUGGCACAAGAAAACGUUGGCUUCGGCGGACCCAGACAGGACCCCGAGUCCGUGAAGAGCAGACUGGUUAAUUUGAUAUCGAGCAUACGGAUGGUGACGCGGGUACCGCUGAUAGCGGCGAAUGUGUUGAUUAUUGUGUAUGAGAUAUUACUUGGUUGA